AUGGAUCUGGGCCACUUUCUGUCCGGAGAGGAGCUGAUCUACGCCAUCACCGUCCCCCUCUCCACCUCCAUCAUCCUGGCCAACCUCCUCAUCAUCUUGGGCAUCGUUUUGAACCGGCAACUCCACAACACGCCUAACUACUUCUUCCUGAGCCUCCUGGUCGCCGACAUGUGCACCGGCGUGGCCUUACCCUUCAUCCCCCUCAUGGCUCUGAACCGAGAGUUGAGCUUCAGUUCUUGCCUGCUGGUCCACAUCUUCCCCAACGUCCUCUUCCUGGCUUUUCUUUUCAACCUGGUCAUGGUCCACUACGAGAGGUACGUCUGCAUCUCGGACCCCCUGCACUACGCAAACCUGUGGAUGCAUAGGAGUUUCCCUUUGGCUUUGUUCAUCGUAUGGACACCCCCGCUUCUGUUUGCCUGCCUGCCUGCUUUUGGCUGGAACAACUGGACUGGACCAGAUUGGCAGAACUGCUGUGACUACGCACCCAUUACCGCCUCUGCUAAUAUCAUCACAAACUAUUCAACCAAUGGCACUGCUUGCUGCUCCUAUAGAAGGGUCUUCACCAAUGAGUUUAUCUAUUUGGAGGUCUAUGGACUGGUGCUGCCUGCCAUUCUGACCAUAGCUGGGAUGACCGGGCGCGUCCUCUGCAUCACCAAAGGCCAAUUGAAAGACAUUUGCCGCCUACAUAGAUCCGUGCAGAGAGGAAAUAAAGCUUCGGACAGGGAGCAGAGGUUGAAUUUGCGCUAUACGAGAUGCGUGGUGGCUGUGUCUUUGACUUUUCUGGCGUGCUGGGUCCCCUACCUCAUCUACAUGCAUGUGUGUAUCGCGUUUUUGCUCAGCGACGCCAGAUGGAACGCCACCACGCAUAUCGUACUGUCGUGCACGGGGAACGGGAGCAUGGCUGUGGUACCGUUGGUGCUGGGGCUGUCCAACAGGCAGUACACGGAGCCUGCGCACAAGCUGCUGAUGAAACUGCGGGACAGGGUGAGGCGGAAGGCAAGGAACUCUCGACCAGUGGUGGUUUGA